UUGACCGGGUGAUUGGCCGAAGACGAAGCCCCAGCUUGGCGGAUCGAGGCCAGAUGCCCUACACAAAUGCCGUGGUACAUGAAAUCCAGAGAUUCCUUGCACUUGCACCUAUAGGUGUCCCGCGUGCUGUGGCUAGAGAUGUUCAUCUCAGGCAGUACGUGAUUCCCAAGGGCACCACGAUAUUCCUUUCACUGAAGUCAGUUCUAUAUGACAGCAGGGAAUUUCCAAACCCAGAGCAAUUCAACCCGGGACACUUCCUGGACGAAAAUGGUGCCUUUAAGAAAAGUAAUUUCUUCAUGCCGUUUUCUGCAGGGAAACGGAACUGCAUGGGAGAGGGCCUGGCUCGCAUGGAGCUCUUUUUGAUACUCACGGCGAUUUUACAGAACUUCACUCUGAAAUCCGUUGUUCAACCCAAAGAUAUUGAUAUUAUUCCAGCAACAGCAUCUGUGGGCAAUCAUCCAAAACCAUCUGAGCUCCGUGUUCUUUGUCGGUAAAGGUUACCUCAGUACACGGGGAGUGCAUGUGGUAGGCACAGAAAUGCAGUGUCUAUACACAGCAGAGGUAGAUGCACCACUGAAUGCUGGGGUUGUGUUGGCCUCACCUCUUCCCUUUUCUACCCCCCAAGCUAGCAGAAAUUCUUACUAUGGUUCAUGCAGGUUCCAGGGUGGCUGGGAAGGCUUUAUCUGCUUUUUGGCUCUCUCAGUGCCUUAGAAUCAUAGAAUAAUAGGACUGGAAGGGACCUCGAGAGGUCAUCGAGUCCAGCCCCCCGCCCUCAAGGCAGGAUCAA